AUGCACACUUUACAGACAGGAAGUGUAGAAAGCAAUGGUGUUAGUAGUUCAAGUAGUAAUGAUGCCAAUGAUGGUGGAAAAUACAAUGAAAACGAUCCUAUAAAAAAGAACAAGUAUGUAAAUUGGAGAGUUGGAUAUAUCAACCCCGAAGCAUUUUAUAGCAAGGAAGAUCAGAGCGAGGAAAAAGCCAACAAAAAUAGGAAUAAUAAACAGUAUAGUGAAAAAAUCCAAAAGGCUCAAAGACGAAAUAAUACAAGAACGAUGUUGAGAAAGUAUAUCACAGAGACAAUGUCACACCAGAGAAAAAUGGAAAAGAAAUUGAAAACCAUCAAAAGAAAUACAAAGAAAAAGUAUGAGAAAAAGAAAAUGCAACCCAAAAUGCAGUUAGAAUUGAACAAGAUACCAGGAUUUAAUAAAAUACCGAAGUUUGAGGAUUAUUUAAAUUUGAACAAAAUGUGGUUAAGCUAUAUAAUCGAGUUGUUGAAUAUUGACAAGUAUUUAUCGACCGAUGGUAAAAUGGCAAAAGAUGGGGAAAUUGAUUUUAAAAAUUUGAAAUUUCAGAAUCUUUUAGCAAAACUAUCCUCAGCAGAUUUCAAUGGGUGCUUAUUGGAAGUAUUGAAAAGCAACAAUAAAAGUUCGAUAAAUCUCACUGGAAUAGUGUUGUACGAGUUCAAAAGCCAUUUUUUAAUGGCGGUUCCACAGCGAUUUAAAAGAUUUGAUAAUCUCGAGGGUGAAUCAGGAGAAGAAAUGGAUCUUGAAAACGAUUUCAAUUAUACCAACAGGGAAUUGGUUGGUGGAUUGAGACUCGUGGAAAAAAAUGGUUCGACGUUUCGUUUUUACGUUCCCUUGAACAAAGACGAAAACAACGAGUUUUCUGUUUUGUCAUUGGGUUUGGAUAACGAAGAUGUGAGCGAUAGAGAAGAAACAUCUCAAGAAGGAGCAACAGAGGGAGCAGUGCACUACCACCAGUCGAGAGAGUGCUUGGAGUUCGUGCUCAUUGGCUCCAGACUCAACUUGCGAUCGAGUGACCGAACCAACAAGAAGUUCAAGAACCAUGCUAUCGACGACCUAGUGGUCUAG